AUGGAGUACGCCAACGGCGCCGUGGCGGCCGCCGAUGGUGGUGGUUUUAGCCAGAUCGGAAUGAAGGCGCGUUCGCCGGAGGGACAUGCAGCUCGGGCCAUGCAAAUCAAAGGUGACGAGUUCGUGUGGGUGGAGAUCCAGGAGAAAACGUUCACCAACUGGGUCAACGAGCAGCUUCGACCGGUGGGCGCUGGCGUCGUCACCGACCUCAGGCGCGACCUCAGCGAUGGACUGCGGCUCAUCUCGCUCGUCGAGGCCCUGCAGAAGCGCCGCCUGCGACGCAUUGCGCGACCCCAGAAUCAGCACCAGUGCCUGGAGAACGUACAGACGGCGCUCACCGCCAUGGCACAGGACAACAUCAAGCUCGUCAACAUUG